UCAGAAUUGGCGCGUAACGAUUAUCAUAAUGUCUCAAAAAUCAGUUGUUAAAGUUUACAGAAUAAGAUGGUUAAUUUUAAUAACUUACAUAGCUUUUGCUACCCUUAGUACCAUGCAUUGGGUAGAAUACUCUAUUAUAACAAAUAUUGUGAUGAAAUACUACCAUGUUAGUGCUAGUGAAGUGAAUAUGACUUCUUUGUGUUUCGCUAUAGCGUGGCCAAUUUUUGUACUUCCCGCUUCAUUUAUUAUCGAUAAAAUGGGUUUGAGAGUAUCGGCGCUUAUAGGAUCGGUCGCCACCGGCCUUGGUGCUCUAAUCAAAGUUUUUUCCAUAGGAGAAAAUCUGUUUUACGUCGUAAUGAUUGGACAAGUUAUAGUUGCUAUUUCGCAGUUGUUUAUUUUAAGUUUACCCCCCAAGAUCGCGGUGACGUGGUUUAAACCACAAGAGAUAUCAACAGUUUGCUCAUUGGGUUUAUUCGGGAUAACAUUAGGUAGCGCUUUGGGAUUUUUAGUACCGCCAAUGGUGGUCAACGAUAGUGAUAAAUUAGAAGAUAUAGGUCAUGAUUUCAAAAUAUUAUGUUGGGCAUUGGCGCUAUUGAUUGCUCCUGUUAUAUUAACAGUGAUCGUGUAUUUUCCCGUUGAGCCUCCUCUUCCUCCCAGUCAAACGAUGUUGGAGAAAAGAGCUGUUAGACAAGAAGUCACAUUGUCUGGAUUUUUUGGUUCAGUAAAAGUUUUGAUCAAAAAUAAAGGUUUCAUGUUACAUACUAUUGCUUACAGCUGUUGCAUUGGAAUUUUUACUUCCAUCGGUACAUUACUAAAUCAGAUUAUAUUAAGUUAUUUCGAAGGAGCACAAGAAGAUGCUGGAAGAAUGGGGAUGGUUAUGAUCGUAGUUGGUAUGAUUGGAGCUAUUCUAACAGGUUUUGUGUUAGAUAAAACACAUAAAUAUAAAGAGACUGCCUUCAUUAUAUUUUUACUAAGUACUUUAGCGAUGGGAGGAUUAGCAUUAGCGUUAGAAAUGAAAUCAAAAUGGAUGGUAUAUUUAGCAAUAUCUAUAUUCGGAUUUUUUUUAAAUGCCUAUUUACCAGCUGGAGUAGAAUUUGCAUCUGAAUUAACAUUUCCUUCACCGGAAAGUACAGUUACAGGAAUUUUAAUGGCUACUUCGCAAUUACUUUCGGUUGUUAUGAUCCUUCCAUUGGGUUAUAUAAUAGACCAAUACGGGGCGUUGUUUUGCGUCAUAGUUAUGACAGUUAUUCUUGUAAUAGGUACAGUGCUGACUUUGUUCACACCAAAUAGACUAAAUAGACGAAAUGCUUUCACUAGGGAACGAAACGUCGAGUUUAUAUUAAUUAAACAAUAAAAUAAACAUUUUAGAAUGACUGAUACGCCAUCUCGUGAUAAUCGCAUGAACUGAUUUCAUUGCCGUACAUCGUUUAUCUAUGAUUCAAUAUACGUACAAAUCCGGCACGGUCAAUAGUUUAUUUAAUUUUAUUUUUGUAAAUAAAUUUAUUAAUUUAUUGUGUGAUUCACGAAGUGGAACAAAUAAUUUUUUCGAGUUUUUUACUAAAACACAUCAAUAAUAAAUGAAUUUUGUAAUAUAUUUAUGAAAAUUGUUAUUUUUAAUUUUCGAAAAUAAAAAACUGAAUAUCUC